CCCUACCCUCCUAAAGGCCCCUUUUCCUUUCUCCCCAUCAUGGCUGAUAAUACUAACAAUAAUCUCAGAAUUAGAGUUGAGAGAAACCCUCCAGAAUCCAAACUCUCUGAGCUAAACAUCAAGUGCUGGCCCAAAUGGGGGUGUUCACCGGGGAAAUACCAACUGAAGUUUGACGCAGAGGAGACCUGUUAUUUGGUGAAGGGGAAAGUGAGGGCAUACCCAAAAGGAUCGUCGGAGUACGUGGAGUUUGGCGCCGGAGAUCUCGUCGUCAUACCCAAAGGACUCAGCUGUACCUGGGAUGUCUCCGUCGCCGUAGAUAAGUACUACAAAUUUGAGUCGUCUUCACCUCCACCGCAAGCAUCUUCUUCUUCCUCCUCUCAGUAGUAUCAGUAUAUAUUUGCCCCUAUAUUUCCUUUAUUUGAUUUGUUUUCUCCUUCCAAGUAAUUAAAGGAGUAAUCCAUUAAAAUUGUUUUUAAUUU